AUGGAAUACUUCUCAGCAGAUCAAGAGACACAGUUUUCGUCGGCCGUUACGGCACAGCACAAAGCUGUGGAUGUUGUAGGCCGCAAACUAGGUGGUAUCGUUUUGGGCUGCUCAGACGAAUGGUUCGCAGAUGCGAAAAACCUUAUCGAACCCAAAGCACCCAUCAGAGAUGCUACAAGAUUCGUGCACGCUGGUGCGUGGUAUGAUGGAUGGGAAACCCGUCGUCACAAUACAGCCGAGUACGAUUGGGUCAUCCUCAAAAUGGGCGUUGCUGCAGCCCAUAUCGUUGGCUGCGAAGUCGAUACUGCGUUUUUUAACGGGAACCAUGCACCUGCCAUAUCUGUGGAAGCUCUUUACGCAGAAGAUCAAGGUACGAAUGCUCUCGAAAUAGCGGAAAAUAGCCCUGAUUGGGAAGAAGUCAUCCCCAAGAAGGAGUGCGGUCCAUCUCAGCGACACUUUAUGCUCCGCGAACAUGCCACUACUAAGAAGUACACACAUAUCAAGCUGAAAAUGUACCCAGACGGUGGAAUCGCCAGGUUCAGACUGUACGGGCGUGUCGUUCCACCUGCUCGCGUUUUAUCUGGCUCCACUGAGGGCACUCCAGUAGAUCUCGCCUCCGCAUGCAAUGGAGGUGUUGCUUUGCAGGUCUCAGACCAACAUUUCGGAUCCGCUGACAAUCUGCUGCUGCCUGGUCGUGGCCACGAUAUGUCCGAUGGAUGGGAAACCACGCGCUCGCGUUCUCCAGGCCAUGUGGACUGGGUUAUAGUACAACUUGGAAAGCGCACUUCCAAGAUUACUGGCAUUAUUAUCGAUACUGCACAUUUCCGUGGCAAUUUCCCACAAUACAUCACUGUGCAUGGUUUAGAUAAUCCCAAUUCAGACCAGGCACCUGCGCACGACGAUCCACGCUGGUACACAUUAGUCGACAAAUCCAAAACUGGGCCCGAUUUCGAGCACCAGUUCGAAUUGGACAGUGUGGCUCCAACUACUCAUGUAAAGCUCACCAUCAUUCCUGAUGGUGGAGUCAAGAGAAUAAGAGUGCUUGGCUACUGA